AUGUCUUUCGAGACAACAUAUUACUGCCGUGCGCAUCAGCUGAACGGACCACAAAACAAACGAACCGCAAUCUAUCUAUCUAUCUAUCUAUCUAUCUAUCUAUCCUUUCCUUUCCUUCUUUCCUUCCUUCCUUCCUUCGCCUAUCCCUCCCUCCCUAUCUAUCUAUCUAUCUAUCUAUCUAUCUAUCUAUCUAUCUAUCUAUCUAUCCUUUCCUUCUUUCAUUCCUUCCAUCGCCGCUCAACCCCUCCCUCCCAAUCUAUCUAUCUAUCUAUCUAUCUAUCUCUAGCUAUCUUUUCGCUUUUUUUUUCCUUCCUUCCUUCCUUCCUUCCUUCCUUCGCCGCUACCUCCCUCCCAAUCUCUCUCUCUAUUAAUCUUUUCCUUCUUUCCUUCCUUCGCCUCUCCCUUCUUAUCUAUCUAUCUAUCUAUCUAUCUAUCUAUCUAUCUCUCCUUAAUUUCUUCCAAUCUAUUUUUCAAUCGCUCGUUCGUGGCUACAUUUGUUCUCUCUAUUUUUUCAUACCUAAGCAAAUUUCUCUCUCUUUCUCACUUUCUCUAUUUCUCUCUGAUUUCUCUAUCUGUGUCUCCAGUCCGUUCCACCUAUCCUGUCUAUGCCUCUCAGUCUUUUCAUAUCCAUCUAUAUGA